GUUGGCGCGCCGGCGGGUGGAAUUCAGAAUGACUUUUUCAUCUGUGUAGGUUACUGUAGUCUAGAUAUUUUAUACAGAUGUCAUACCGUUUGCGGUUUAUUUUUCCAUCGACUGGAAUAUAUUUUAACUUCUGAAUGGAAAAUUAAUUAAGCUAUAGACUAGGCCUACUUUAUAGAGCAUUCGAAGGCGUCUCGUUAUUUUGCACUUUAGUUAUUUGCAUCGUUUUUGCCUAAAGGGAAAUUGAGUGCCAACAAUAAAAUCGUGGUUUUCAUGCGACUUGUGUUUCAAGCGCUCAAUUGACAAUGAAACAUCUCUCAAUCACUAAGGACUUCCAAGCAAGAGGAACGAGGACAUGCUGACACGAAAAUAUCUGAAGAUACGGAAUUGUCAUCAAUACCUUGACAAAUACUUCAAUUGGAAAUCAUUAGUGUGGUGCGUUCUCUUUAGCAUUUAAUGCGCACUAUUGGCUGGCCUCAGUCAUCAUCGUGCACCUCCGCCGCAGACAUUUAUAUCAGAAGCAACAGGCUGAGCACCGCGCACUGGUGAGAAAGUCGCCUUUCAUUGGAGAAAUUCACUUCCUGUGUGUUUAUGCAAAACCAUACGAGCCGAGUGAUGUCGUGCUGACUACAACUCCCCUUUAAACUAUCUGGGAUAGGGGUGACAAUUUGUUGGAACUGGACCUCAAGACGCGCCCACUUAAAAAUCGCGGGCGCUGUGCAUUUCGUUUACGCGCAGGCGACACACAGCUUUGGAAAACCCGACAGUGCAUGUGGAGUGCUGAUGGUUGACAGGGCGAAAGAGGGCGGUCAAAACACAGACGCGGUAAACAGCGUGCCUUGGCUAUGGUUUCAUAUCUAACUCCAAGGAGCUGGGAUACUUAAUUUGCUGUUCAUUCAGAGAGCUCCUCAUCUACACCUCAAAGACAGCCACGCAUGCCCCAGAGGACCUUUGCACAGCAGCACUUCAUGCCCGCCCUGGUGAUGCCAUGCCCCGCAAUCACAGCGGAGAUGAAGGCGGUACGGGGCUCUGGAUGAAAACCUCUCCCGGCCACCGCGCCGAGGGCUAUGACUUGAAGGAUGUGGAGUCCGGCGGAAGGAUGAUGAACAACGCCAGUGCUGGGGACGGUUUGCUGUCGGCCUCCAGCGCUACAGGUGCGGGGGGUUCGGAUAGCCUGAGGGGAAACAAGGGAGCCCGGCUCAGCCUGCUGGGAAAGCCGCUGAUAUACAGCGCUCAGAGCGGCCGGAGAAAUGUCCGUUACCGAAGGCUGCAAAACUUACUGUACAACGUGCUGGAGAGACCACGAGCCUGGGCGUUCAUCUACCAUGCGUUUGUGUUCGUCCUGGUCUUUGGUUGCUUGGUCCUGUCUGUGUUCUCCACCAUUCCAGCUCACCAGGACUUCUCUUCCGACUGUCUGCUGAUCCUGGAGUUUGUGAUGAUCGUGGUGUUUGGGCUGGAGUACAUCCUCAGGAUCUGGUCGGCCGGCUGCUGCUGUCGCUACAGAGGAUGGCAGGGUCGCCUCCGUUUCGCCCGGAAGCCGUUCUGUGUCAUAGACAUCAUCGUACUGAUAGCCUCCAUAGCGGUGGUGUCGGCAGGAAGCCAGGGUAACAUCUUCGCAACGUCCGCACUGCGUAGCCUCCGCUUCCUGCAGAUCCUGCGUAUGGUGCGCAUGGACCGGCGCGGGGGCACCUGGAAACUGCUGGGAUCAGUGGUGUACGCACACAGCAAGGAGCUGGUGACGGCCUGGUACAUUGGCUUCCUGGUCCUGAUCUUCUCCUCCUUUCUGGUCUACCUUGUGGAGAACAAGUUCAACAGCGAGUUUGCCACCUAUGCUGAUGCCCUAUGGUGGGGAACGAUCACCUUGACAACCAUUGGUUACGGGGACAAGACCCCAAAGACAUGGACCGGCCGCAUGCUCUCGGCUGGCUUUGCACUAUUGGGUAUCUCUUUCUUUGCCCUGCCAGCGGGUAUACUGGGCUCAGGCUUUGCCCUGAAGGUCCAGGAGCAGCACAGACAGAAGCACUUUGAGAAGAGGAGGAACCCAGCCGCUUGUCUCAUCCAGUGUGUUUGGCGUAGUUAUGCGGCUGAUGAGAACUCGGUUUCCAUUGCUACCUGGAAGCCUCAUUUGAAGGCGUUGCAUACCUGCAGCCCUACAAAGAAGGACCAGGGUGAAUCGUCCACAAGCCAGAAGCUGAGUUUCAAAGACCGGGUCCGGAUGGCAAGCCCCAGGGGGCAGAGUAUCAAGAGCCGGCAGACGUCGAUGAGCGACCGGCGGUCCCCAGGGACUGAGGCUGGGGGUACGGAGGGCACCAGCCCUGCCAAGGUCCAGAAGAGCUGGAGCUUCAAUGACCGCACCCGCUUCAGACCCUCCCUCCGCCUCAAGAGCCAAUCACGCUCCACUGCCGAUGCUGACUCUAACAUGACCACUGAGGAUGGGUUUGGUGAUGACAAGGGCUGUCACUGUGAGAUCUCUGUGGAGGACCUGCUGCCUUCCGUCAAGUCUGUCAUCCGAGCCGUCAGGAUAAUGAAGUUCCACGUGGCCAAGAAGAAGUUUAAGGAGACGUUGCGACCAUACGAUGUGAAGGACGUCAUAGAGCAGUACUCCGCCGGACACCUGGACAUGCUGUGUCGCAUCAAGAGUCUGCAGACACGGCUGGACAUGAUAGUGGGGCCCCAGCCCCUGAGCAGCCGAGCCAAGACCUUUUCCUCUCCCUCCCUGCCCAUGUAUUACAGCCAGGGCAGAAAGAACUCCAUGCAGGGAGUGGACCAGAUCCUGGGUAAAGGCCAGAUUCCUCUGGAUAAGAAGAUCAGGGACAAGCUGCUGUCUGAUGGAGACCUGAUGGAGGACAUGAGUAUGCUGGGACGCGUCUGCAAAGUGGAACGGCAGGUCCAGUCUAUUGAGUCGAAGCUAGACUCCCUGUUGGACAUCUACCGGCAUGUGUUACGUAAAGGCUCCUCGUCUGCUCUCACACUCUCCUCCUUGCCCCUGUUCGAGCUGGAGCAGACCUCAGACUACCAGAACUCUAUCCUCUCCAAGGACCACUCCACCUGCUCUACCCAGGUCAGCAGCACCGGAGGUGGGCCAGGGAUAGGGGGCCAGGGGGGGUGCGUGACCCGCUCCUCCACCAAUGCGUCAAACCUGUCCCGGGGUCUUCACCUUAUCCUGGCGCCACCCACCGAGCUCAGCCUCAACCUCAACACCAGCACCACCUCACCUUCCACCGGGGGGCCCCCGGCCUCCUUGUUCAGUCCGUCGCCCCUUCCUCAACACCACCACCACCAUCAUCAUCAUACCCUGCCGGAAGGUGGAGAACCAGUCCAUAGGGGAAGUUCUUCUCACUCACCUCCUAUUCUUACUCCUAAUUGUGUUUCUGGGAGUGGGGGGUUUCCUACUCUGGCCAGGCCCCCACCGCCUCCUCCCGAGCCCAGCCGGACAGUGGGUCACUCCAGGCCAGAGAGGGAGGUGGAGGUGGGGGACUUCUGUGGAAGCCCGGAGGAGAGGGAGGAUGGUGGUGUGCUAGGCCCAGGACAAGGCCUCAGACUGGGGAGGCUGGGGCAGCCAAGAGGGGGGUCCAGUGGGAACAGCAACAGCCGGCCCUGUAAUGCCAAAGAAGAGGGCUCCUGGAGGAGAAACACAAGCCUGGAGAUGGAGCCCCUGGUACCCCUCUCUUCUGCCCUGGGAGGAGGAGGCCGCUGCUCCUCCGGCUCCAACCCCAGCCAGGUGGACCGAGGCCUGGGCAAGUCCAUGUCCAUCCAGGACCUGGUGCAGGGGGGGACCACCACCUCCAGUGCCCUGGACAGCCACCACCAUCCUAGCCUCAGCCUCUCGUCCCCCAGCCCCUGCAGCAGUGGCUCCCCCACAGGCUCCCACAUCAGUCAGGACCCCGGUGGAGGGGGCGGCGGGGGCGGCUGGGGGGAGGAGGACCUCUUUAUCAGCGACAGGGACGUGGACGCCCUCCCUCUCCCCCCUGAGACUCGGGGCGGAGCCUUUGGUUUUGACUUCCUGUCCCAUGGGACAGCCGACGCCACCUCUUACUCUUCAGAUCUACUGAGGACGGGGCCGGGACUUGGGGCGGGGUUAGGUGCUCUGGCGGGGUCCAAUAGGAGCCUGGCAAGCGGGAGCGGGAACACAUCGACACCCCCCUCAGUCGGGAGCACAGAGUCCCUGAGCAUGCCGCACGUACGGCUAAAAUAAGAGACACCCCCGUGUCAGAUGGACCAAUCAAAAAGCCUCACCUUACAGAGAUGCUCUUUAUUCUAUUUUGGGAGGGGGAGGGGGAACAGGGAGGGGACUAUAAUGGUUAUUUCUGUUUAUUUUUAUGUUGAUUAAUUUGAUAAGAAGCAUAGUAUUUUUCAUACAUGUCGACCAUACAUCAACAUAUCAUUGCAUGAAUUAUUCUUUUUAAAAGUACAAAACAAAGAAAAUAAAGGUUUUAAGAGAGGGAGAGGUGUAUUAAAAAGAGACUUUGAUAUAUAUAUAUAUAUAUAAAGAAACAAGCAAAACUUGA